GGAAUACGUCGUUCAAACAUUUGCACACUAAAAAUGAUUCACAAGCAAACGUUUAAUCUGGCAUUUUUCCUAUUGUUUGCCGUCACAAUUUCCACACGUGUUGCGGCUGAAGAUUGCUGUGAACCCGGCGAUACCAAACCCGACGAGGAUGAUUGUUCAAAGUAUUUCGUUUGCUGUACAGGUCAAUUCAAACCUAUGUCCUGCCCCCAAGGAGAAUACUGGAACGUUAAGGCUGAGAAAUGUCUAAAGGAUGAUGGACAGUGUGUAACCACCCCAUCGACCCCUACCCCAUCGACACCUACCCCAUCGACCCCUACCCCAUCAACCCCUACGCCAUCAACCCCUACCCCAUCAACCCCAACCCCAACGACAGUAUGCCAAUCAACACCAAGCAUACCAACCUGUUCGGAGGGAGAUGUUAAGGAGAAUUCAUCCAACUGUGCCGGAUUCUACAAGUGUGUUAAUGGAAAGUACGUAGCCCAGGUCUGUGAGAGUGGAAAUUACUGGAAUGUUAAGGCUAAGAAGUGUGAAAAGGAUGAAGGACAUUGUGUUACCACACCAUCCACGCCAACCCCAUCAACCCCUACCCCAUCGACCCCUACCCCAUCAACCCCUACGCCAUCAACCCCUACCCCAUCAACCCCAACCCCAACGACAGUAUGCCAAUCAACCCCAAGCAUACCAACCUGUUCGGAGGGAGAUGUUAAGGAGAAUUCAUCCAACUGUGCCGGAUUCUACAAGUGUGUUAAUGGAAAGUACGUAGCCCAGGUCUGUGAGAGUGGAAAUUACUGGAAUGUUAAGGCUAAGAAGUUAUGCCAAUCAACACCAAACCCACCAACCUGUGUUGAGGGAGAUGUUAAGGAGAAUCCAUCCAACUGUGCCGGAUUCUACAAGUGUGUUAAUGGAAAGUACGUAGCCCAGGUCUCAACACCAUGCCAAUCAACACCAAACCCACCAACCUGUGUGGAGGGAGAUGUUAAGGAGAAUCCAUCCAACUGUUCCGGAUUCUACAACCCCAUCAACCCCUACCCCAUCGACCCCUACCCCAUCAACCCCUACCCCAUCGACACCUACCCCAUCAUCCCCUACCCCAUCAACACCCACCCCAUCAACUUGUGUUGA